AAUCAACUUUCUCUUACAAUAUUCCUUCCAAUUUUCUAAUCAACUUUCUCUUACAAUAUUCCUUCCAAUUUUCUAAUCAACUUUCUCUUACAAUAUUCCUUCCAAUUUUCUAAUCAACUUUCUCUUACAAUAUUCCUUCCAAUUUUCUAAUCAACUUUCUCUUACAAUAUUCCUUCCAAUUUUCUAAUCAACUUUCUCUUACAAUAUUCCUUCCAAUUUUCUAAUCAACUUUCUCUUACAAUAUUCCUUCCAAUUUUCUAAUCAACUUUCUCUUACAAUAUUCCUUCCAAUUUUCUAAUCAACUUUCUCUUACAAUAUUCCUUCCAAUUUUCUAAUCAACUUUCUCUUACAAUAUUCCUUCCAAUUUUCUAAUCAACUUUCUCUUACAAUAUUCCUUCCAAUUUUCUAAUCAACUUUCUCUUACAAUAUUCCUUCCAAUUUUCUAAUCAACUUUCUCUUACAAUAUUCCUUCCAAUUUUCUAAUCAACUUUCUCUUACAAUAUUCCUUCCAAUUUUCUAAUCAACUUUCUCUUCCAAUAUUCCUUCCAAUUUUCUGAUCAAUUCCAAUUUUCUAUUCCAAACUUGAUAUCGUAGAACUUGAAUAUUUCGAACUAUAAAUUCUGCUUGAUCAAAUAGUCAAAGAUUGAAAUAUCCUUGGUUUACACCAGAUGAUAGGGGAUUAGAAAAUUAGAAUUUGGGUCUUCUCGAUUUAUUGUUGGAUGCCCGGUGCCCAUUAUCCACUGGCAUGGGAGAAACGCCGAUGGAGCAGCCGAGGAGAACUAUUUAAUGUCUCGGAAACUGGAGACAAUAUGUUAGUGAGAUGUCCUACCCUAUCCAUCCAAUACAAUAUACAUUUAGUUCAGGAUUGAUAAUACUACAGUUACAGGGCCGGGGGAGGAGGGGGGAGCUGCAACUCCCCCAUAAAUUUAAUAUGUAAACAAACCCAUUAGAGCAUUUAAACAUAUUUAUAAUUAAGUAUUAAUUAGAUAAAUCAAAUAAAUAGAUACUUCAAAACUUUACUAUGCUAGAUAUUUAAAUACUGAACUAAUUUCAUGUAUGAUGUUUCUAUUUGAAAGAAUUCCACGUAUGUUCGCUAAAUGUAAAUGAGUAUGUUUGUUUUAGUGUUUGUGACGUGUCCGUGUGUGUGACGUGUAUGGCUGUUACUCCUGGUUGUUAAAUCUCUAUGAAUGGCCCUACCAAGCUAGCUGAAUAUUGCGGGUACGCUGGCCUCCAAAUAACCGAGGCCAAAAACUCCUUUAGACCGAGGCUUAGCAGGUGUAGGUGAGGAUCAGCCACACCCCCCUCCUCCACCAGUGAUCUGUGAACUAGCCCGCCCACCCCGCCUCCAACAAGGAUGGUUUAAUUGUGGCAUGGAUGCGGAGCAGGAUCUUGAUUCUGCUCCAGGUAGAUCUAGGACCAGAGGAUCAAGGGAUCAGGAGCAGUAGAAAGAUAGCUAAACACACAACAUGUCAGAAUCAUCAUUCAGAAGCUCUUCACACAUGCCAGCAGCCAGAGGAGACCCUGCUACAAAUCUAGAUAAUAGACCAAUGGCUAGUACUAGCCGGGACUACAGAGGGCACCAUCACAGCAGCGAGAACAACUAUAGGGGCCCAGACAAUCCUGGGUUUGGAGUCCCUGACACAGGACCUGAUCUCUCCCAUCUCACAGAUGAAGAGCGUUCUAUUAUCGAGAGUGUAAUGCAGAAACAACAGGCUGAGGAAAGUAAGGAAAUCCAGUUUCUGAAGCAGAAACAAAAAGAAGUCAUAAAUCUUGAACAGCAGAUUAGACAGAAGGCUGAGAUACAAAAGAAGGCUGGAAUAGAGUUAGAAUCAACUUGUCAAGUAUGCCUGAAAACAAAAUUUGCAGAUGGAGUGGGACAUGUGUGCAACUACUGCAAUGUCAGAUGCUGUGCCAGAUGUGGUGGUAAAGUGACAUUAAGGUCUAACAAAGUUAUAUGGGUUUGCAUACUAUGUCGAAAAAAACAGGAACUACUGAUAAAAUCAGGAAAAUGGGUGGAAGGUGGUACUUUCCAAAAUGAUGAUCCAAUCUUAAGAAAGAUUGAAUUGGAUAUGGCACCCACACCAACAACACCAGCUCCAAGUUCUAUUGGACCAUCUGCUUCAUUUUCUUCAUUAUUUUCUAAAGCCUUACCAGUAUCAAUUACUCCUUCAACUCCUACUAGAUUUCAAGGCCCUGGUCAACAACUAAAAAGCAUUCAAUCUCAAAAAAGUUUUGAUAAGUGGUCAACCGAUUACAGCCCUUAUCAAGAAAAGGAAAACAGACCAAGUAGUAGUCUCAGCAGUUUAAGUUCCCAUGGUUUCCACAGGCCUUUGUUAAUAAGACAACCAGCACCAUAUCAUUCAAGUGACUUUAGACAUAAUUUUCCUAGACAAAGAUCCCUAAAUCCACGUGAUGCGGUUGGAAUGAGAGCAAGACGACCAUUUCAAAGAACAAGUUCAGAAGGAGGAGAGGAUGCCCAUGAGCAUCCCCCCCUUUUGCCUCCUGGAGCUAAGACCGACCAAACAUUUUCUCACCAACAUUAUGGAGCUCAAAUCCCAGGUUCCAACAGUUUCAGUUUCAAUCCAGGUAUGAGGUUGCGACAUCCUGGUAUGUAUGAUAAUCUGACAGAAUCAUACUCAGCCCCUGAAGAUCAUGGAAGAGAAGAGGCUUACAAUUUGUAUCCAAAAGUGUUAAUUUCAGAUCAGGAAACUAGAGAUAAGGUUCCAGAUUUAGAAAUGGGAAUGCACAAGUCUCUGUUGGAUCCACAUAUAGUAAGAGGUGUUACUAAUAGACGAAAAAUGGAUUCCAGCUUUCGUAAUGAUUCCUUAUCUAGUGACCAAUCCGAAUAUCAGACACGACCACCUCCUCCCCGUCCUCACAAGCAUAAAAAGGUGAAACAUCAACAUUCAAUUUCAAGCUCAGAUGAUGAAAUACGAUCAACCCCUGACUGUACAUCAUGUGGUGAAGAAUUUGAGAGUGAGUCAAUAUCGGAAAAAGAAUACACAACAGCUGGUUUUGACAGAUAUCAGAGAGAAGAAAUUCUUGAUGCAAAGAUCAAAAACUUUCUAGCUCAUCCUGUCACAUGGACUCCUAAUUCAGAACGGGCUUGUACAAUUGGUCACAUGAUAUUGAAGAAAAGUAAAGUAAUUGGCCCGUCAGGUAAUGGCUCAUCACUUCUUGGUCUCAAGGUUGUUGGUGGUAAAACAUUGCACAAUAACAGGUGUGGAGCAUUAAUUGAAAAGGUCAAGAAAGGAAGCAUUGCUGACACAAUUGGACAUCUUUUGCCUGGUGAUGAAGUAUUGGAAUGGAAUGGGAGAUCUUUACAAAAUAAAAGCUAUGAAGAAGUUCAUGACAUAAUAGCAGAAUCAAGACAAGAAGAACAAGUAGAAUUAAUUGUAUCCAGACCAAUCAUUGAUACUUCUCAUAGUUAUCAAGUUGACUAUAGAAUGUCUCGUCAGCCUUUCAAGACUCAAGGAUCUAGACUGGACUACAACUUUUCUAGAGACAACAGUUCCAGCCGGCCUACAUUAACUGUCAGUGAUCCACUCGGUGAUACUCUUUUAGUUCGUCCGAAUUCUCAAGCUAAGAACCCAGGAAGCAGACUUCAAGUUAAAACUUUCUAUAAUCAAGAUAAGAGUGAACUUGUAAUAUCAAUUCUUAGUGCUGUGGAUUUAAUUUCAAGACCAAAUGGACAGUAUAGAAAUCCUUAUGCUAAACUUUACCUUCUGCCAGACAGAAGUGAAAAAGGUAAAAGAAGGACAAAAACUAUACCUAAUACAAAUGAUCCAGUGUGGAAACAAACUUUCAUAUAUUCUAACAUAAGGUGGGCUGAGUUACGUUCAAGGGUUCUUGAGGUAACAAUAUGGGAUUAUGACAGAUUUGGUACAAAUGAUUUUUUGGGAGAAAUCACAAUAGACAUAGGAAACUCUCCACUGGAUGAAGAACCUGAAUGGCAUUACUUGAACUUGCACAAGAGUGGACUUCCAGAACAUUUAAAACACAGCUUGUUCAUAGAAAGAGAGCAUUAUGGAAAAAAGCCAGUUGACCAUCUUUCUCCACCUAGCACAGGAUCAAGAUUUUCAGAUUCUGAAAUCUCUGAUUUUGAUGAGAGUCAAGGAUUUAGUAGAGAAAAUAUCUCUCGGAAAAAAGGUUGGCAAGGUCAAGAGGCUGCAUCACUAUCAGGAAACAGCCUUGGCAGCUCUUCCUCUCCCCCACCAGAGCAUGAUUUUUCAGUAGACAGAAAUUCCUUGCAAGAUUUUUCAGGGGUCCCCCAUUCCAGAGCAUCACAUUUUGGAGCUAAUGUCUCCAAAAGGGGAUUAUUCAAUGCUAGAUCUGCAAUGAGAACAUCUCCCCAGAGAAGAAGACUACCUCAAAUACCUCAAAAAGGAUUAGAAACUGAUAAUGGUCUUCCUGGUGGCCUAAGAAGAGGUAGAGGAUGGAGUAGUAGUGCCAGUUGUGCAGGAAGUAUAAGAGGAGGUGAAGGUAGAUACCACUCUAUGGAGAGAGGUAAAAGAAAUAAUUUUGGUAGGCCAGUAGGUAACUAUCGAGGUAACAGUGGAUAUAGUGAUACUGAAAUGCUAAGUGAACGACAUGAUGAUAGAGACACCUAUCUGGAAAGACACAAAAACAGACUGGAUAGACUCAGGAGAGAGAGAGAUCAAACUCAACAAGAUCCUUAUGGAAGUAGUAACUCAUCUGUUGAUUCAAGAUCAUGGAAUGCAAGAGAUAAUCCAAGAGGACAACUAGAUUCCAGAUCUACUGAACAGUGGGCAAGAAAUCCAGAAUUAGAACAAAGAUAUACGGACAGAAGUUAUCAAAGAUCAGGUGGAAUGGCAACAAAUUACAGACCCUCUGGUAAUUCAUAUGAUUCUGAGAGUCAAAGAAGUGAAUACUUUGAGCACAGUGAUAUUGAAUCUGUUGUUUCAGCCAGUGCCUUGAAACCAAAAACCAAAAUUGAGGCUGAGCAGAAAUCAAGUACUGAAUUAAAAUCUCAAGGUAGUGUUCAAUUUGGUGGUCAAACAGAGGAAACAAAAGCUGUGCCAUUCAACCCAAACCAGCCCAAAGGUAUUCUACGGACACCCACUACAUCUAGCACUUCAGAAUCUGAUAAAAAUGACGGUAGUUUAAGUGAUACAGCUGUAAGUAACAUUCAUAUUGUUAACAGAGGAAGAAACCAGGGCAUGGGGAAAAAAUCAAGCUCUACAUCCCAACUUUCUGAUACUGGUCGCACAAAAAGAAUUGGACUAUUAGGAGCAAAGCGUACAACAAUAACCGUCCACAGAUCAGAAGAAGUAAUUCCAGUAAAUGUGAGCUUGGAUAGAAGGCUUGUGAGGCAGGGCACCUCAAUUUCAAGUGAUGGAGAACCUGAAUUAUUUCCUGAUACUUGUUCAGAGAGCUGGUUAACUUCUACAUCUAGAGAAGGACAACUAUCAGAGUUUAUUGAAGGUUUAGGUCCAGGACAACUUGUAGGAAGACAAGUUCUUGGUUCUCCUGUCUUAGGUGAUAUACAACUAAGCAUGUGUGACAAAAGAGGUGACCUGGAAGUAGAAGUAAUUCGUGCAAGAGGUUUACAAAGUAAAGCAGGCUCUAAAUUUCUUCCUGCUCCUUGGGUAAAAGUUUAUUUAGUGUCAGGCAAAAAAUGUUUGGCAAAGGCCAAAACAGCCUCUGCUAGAAGGACUCUUGACCCACUUUUUCAACAACAAUUGAUCUUUCAUGAACGUUAUGGAGGUUGUGUCUUGCAAGUUACAGUCUGGGGUGACUACGGAAGGGUAGAAGGAAAGAAGAUAUUCAUGGGAGUUGCACAAAUUAUGCUAGAUGACUUAGAUCUUUCCAACAUUGUCAUAGGAUGGUACAAACUGUUUGGAACUUCCUCUUUAGUAAGUGUACCCCCAGGAGGUGGAAAAGACAGUAAGCAAAGCACUUCUGAACUCCCAAGCAGUUGAUAAACUGAUACACAAAGAACGCUCAACAAUGUAAUUGAGACAGGUUAAACAUUCAAUGAUUCAAUUUAAUUAACUUUCAAGAUGUUGUACAAAAAGUCCUGCAGAAAUUUUAUAAUCAAGCUAAACCCCUUAAUAAUAUUAGUAAAAACAUUAAAAAUGCCAUCAGUUUAAAAUAUUCCUCUUUCCCAAACCUUUCUGAUGUCUUAGUAACUAUUUAGUACAUAAUGGUAUUUUAAUAUAUUAAUAAGGGAUUCAUUUUAAACAUGAAACUCCCUCCUGGUGGACCAAUCAUAAAAUAUUUUAAUUGUAUCAUUAAUUGUUCUUUGUCUCAUUUUUCUGACAAUGUAAAAUAUGGAACUAUUGGUUUUUGUAUUUGGGCACAAUCAUCUUUAAACUGAUGCAACCCAGCAUAUUUUAAAUCUUUUAAACCUAGGUUCUGUUUAAUAUGUUUUAUACAAGAAUAUUGGUAUAUCUUUCACAAAGUAGUUAACAUAUGAUAAGUUCUAUGCUACACUUUAAUUUUGAAAAUAAUCCUCAGACCAAUACUGUUUUCAAUGUGUUACUGGAAAUAAGAAUUAUCUCUGAUUAAUUUUAGCUUUCUGAUUUACGCAGUGAAAUGCAAAUGUUCUGAGAAACAAAUUCACAGCAUAUCUUGUAAUAAAGUUUCAAGACAAAAUAUUAACACAUGUCCUUCUAAAAAUCAGUUCUCAGAGAACUUUUUAUCAUGGAGCCAAAAACUUAAAUGUAUGGACUUUUCUGAAGUAUUAACCAUAUCACAAUAAAAUAUGAAAAAAAAUUAUCUAAUAAAAAAGAUUUUGGUCACAGUAAAAAAAAGAAUGUACACAAUUCAUAAUUCUAGUUUGAAAGAAAAUGCUUUUUAUUACACUUUCUUUAUUAUAGUUCAUAGGUAUAAAAAGAAUUUAAAUUAUUCAAAUUUUUAUAUAACUUAUUAGAUAAUUUCAAGCUUUUGCUAUAUCUAGACAAAAGUUUAAAGCUUGAAGGUCCUUUAAAUUAUGUAAGCAAUGAAAAGUCCAAGGCAAAAAACAGUGCUCAAGGAAAAGGGUCUACUUCAAAUUAAAAUUGCUUGUUUUGAAAAAUCAUUCUGAAUGAGUUAGUAUAAGCACACUUCCUAAGGCCCAAAGUCAUGUUUUUUGCUUUCAAACUUUUCCUUUGCCUUUGGUCCAAAGAACUGCCUGACUUCGUCCCAGUGUGAUCUUAAACAUUUUCAGUAUCCCUCUUUAACCUUGAUGUAAGAUAUCUCCAAAGUGCACAAAUGUUUUAAGUCUGAUACUUAAUGAAUCUUUAUUGUUGAAUGAUUUAGUUAAAACUUUCAAACCUGAAUUGGCAUACAUACUGAAAUGAAAGAAAAAGAGAAUUUUUAUCUAUUUCCUACAAAAAUCUUUCUUCAGCCUUCAAAUGAAUUCUAAAUAUGUGAAGUUUUAUAAUUAAUCAGUCCAAUAAGAUCAUCAUUUAUAUUAAACUAUCUUGUUUUGUUUUUUAGCACCCAGGAAUACUUAAAAUAAUUAUUUAGUAUGUCAAUGUCAAGUCUGGACAAUGUCUCUCCUAAUUUAAUAUCAAAACUAUUUAAAUUUUCAACCCUACUUACAACUCUCAUUGGAGGUAUAAAAUCCCAUCUUCUUUCUAGAUUUAUCUGCAAAAAAAAACAACUGGGUGAGUUAAAAAAAUGUUUUUUAUUCACUCACCCUGUAUUAAUCAGUCAUAACAUUGGAGAUGGUGCCCCCACCCCCCAUGGAUGGUCAUGAUACAGUUUUCAGUCAAAUAUAUUGCAUGUUAAAUGCAUUAAAUCUUAUCAAGCUUUAUAAAUUUAUCAGUUCUAAACAGUGCUUUAGAUUUGAUGCGGAUCCAGAUUGAAAAAAAUGGAUCCGGAUCUGGAACCAUGUCAUUUACUGAAUUUUUUUUACAAAAAA